ACUCUUCUUGUAUGCGGCCUCCGUCUAAAUGCCGCUUAUGAACACCGCUUCGGCCACGCUCAUCUACACGCCGAAAAAUGCCCACGGUGGUCCUAGUCGAUAAUUCCGGCAUCCUGGAUACUGUCGUCCGCGAUCGCACGACUAUCAAGGACAUUUUGCAACAAGGCGUGCGCUUCUUCCUUAAGGAAUUCAGUGACAAAAACAAGAUGGAUGUAAUAGCCGCAGUGCCCAUCGACGGGAGCGAAACCUUCAUUAUGGACUUCACUCAGGAAGUCAAGCCCUCAACAUUCACCUUAGACGAAGUCAAGCGCUCCAAGCUCGCGUGUAUAGACGUCAGGCGAGGACUCGACACGGCCAUCCGAAUUUGUAUGGAUCAGUUCGGCCGCCACGUCUCGGUACAUUUUGUCCUCUUCAGCUGGAUAGACCACACCUUUACCGAAACCCCGGCGUUGGCUGUUCCCUUCGACUGCAAGGUCCACGUCCUGGGCUACGGGCAUUUUCAGGAAGGCAACGCGAAGCCAAAUCCUCUCAGAGAGCUCGCCAACUCUUGUUCUGGCUUCUUCAGUUACUAUUCGGUAAGAAGUCCGACUCAAUCACUCGAUUCAAAAAUAAAGUCCCUCUUCGAACAACAUUACGCACCGCACAACUGCCACCUGGUCAUGGGACAUGUAAGUUCCCCGGUUCUCCUCGUCCCGAACCCGAACGUUUCCCUGUGGAGCCAGUUGGCCGCCAGGCACAGGCUCUGCCUCGAGUUCCCGUCCAUCUUGUCCAUCAUAGGGUUCAUUCAUCAGCGCUGGUCCUUUUCCCUGCCCUCCGUGACCCGCUUCGUCCUGUUUCCCAGCGAAGCCGACUGUCACGAACAAACCGCGUCGCCGCCCGUUCCCUCCCCGUUCCUGUUUUUGCUUCACAACCUGCUCGUCCGAACCAAAAAAGCCGCCGCCGUCCGUCUCGACAAAUGCUGGUACGGAUUGAUUCACGUGAGCCACAAGUCCAGAAAGCUGGCUUCUUCUCACCACCUACCCCCCCAAGAAAGCUCUGGGCCCGCCGAAAUUUCCUCUGUCCUCUUACUCACCGUCCUGUGUCGGCACAGCAGUCUGGAAUGGAUUGGACGGCUAGAUCGGCUCGUGCUCGACAAAAUUCAAAGCGAUUCACUCUCAAAACAUCAAGCUCUCCACCACCUACCCCUGACCUUGAAGGAACCUUGGCCAAGCUACAACCCGUCCCUGCAAGACGAGGACAGCUUCAUCUUCGCGGCUGCCGACCCGGGCAUGCUCCAACUGGAAGUCUCUCGGCUGCACGCCUUCAUCGCCGACCUCCCGAACCAGUGCGCGGACGUUUUCAAGCAACUCGAACGCAUCAGGAUACUCGCGAAAGCGUAUCACCUAGACAACCUCCUCGAGGCAAUAACGGCACGCCUGGUGUCCGACAUGAACCGACGUUCGUCCACCACACUCACCGGCAGAAUCCUGCAGCACCUCCACAAAGUUGUCCAAGACAAGAUGGAGCCGAUCGAAUGGACCGCCUCGGACGAAGACGCGAUCAUGAAGGCCUAUUCGAAAUUCAAAGAAAGAAACUUGAAACCGUCUGCGCCACCCAAAAAAACCACACACUGCAGGAGGCGGGCAGUAGCGUACAAGUCUCCCUCCCUCCCCUCUACGCUAUUCUCUAUUAAUCUGACGCACACCACCAUACAGCGCAUUCCUCCUCCCCUUCAAAAGGGCGCGGACGACGAUGGCGCACAGUGUACUUUUUUUUUUCUCGGUCGCGCUUUCCAUACACACGCGUCCCGGCAGAUCGAGUGCGGCGCACCCUGCUCUCUGUGCGAGAGGUGGACGCGCGUCCUUCUCCGCGCGGCGCUUUCUCGCGCCCUCGCGUUCGUCGAGGACCACCCGCCGAGGCGUUGUUUCCCUCGUCGCUGUGACGAUACGCGAAACGCGUGCGCGCCAAACUCCGCAGCGCCGCUCAUCUCCAACAGCUGACCUGCUUGUCUAAGCACCCUACCCACAGGGUCGAGGAGUCGUCGCACCAGUGCAUGCACGAAACCAACCUGUUUUCGUGUCUGUGAGGAAACGUUCGCUUCCAAAUCAGGUCCUUAGUGUCCCACGAGCGAAUAUGCCCGUCCUCCUCUCCACUCAGAAUUUGCCGGUCGCGAGUCCGGCAGAGCGAGCUCACCUCACCGGCUCCAGCGUCUCCAAAUUUCAUUAUGCACUCGCUCGUCUUGACGUCCCACACGCGGAUCGAAUUGUCGCGGCUGGACGUCCAAAGGCAAUCGUCGACGAUCGCCAGGUCGGUAACCAAAUUGUCGUGUCCGCUGAAUACGCCGACGCACUUGAGCUCGUCUGGACUUGUCAUCUCGUAGCAGACAAUGUAAUUCUUGAUGACGCAA